AUGGUAGCCACUAGAAGAUCAUCUGGAAAAUUCAUAGAUGUGGAAUUAAGUGAUAAUGGGAAAGAAUUACAAGAAGUUAUCCCUAUUGAAGAACAACGAGCGGCAAUUGCACGAGCAUCUCAAGAAAGUGAAGAACAAGAAGAACAAGAACAAGAACAAGAAGAACAAGAAGAAGAAGAAGGGAUUCAAGAAAUAUCCCCAAUGAUGGUAAAGCCAAUACCACCAUCACCAACACCAACAAAGAAGAAAGAGACUAGAGGUCGAAAGAGGAAAAAUUCUAAUAUUACUAAUUCAACAGCUUCAGAUUCCUCGGCAUCUUCUUCUUCGUCAUCAUCAUCCUCCUCGUCAUCCUCCUCCUCCUCGUCAUCGUCAUCGUUUGAUCCUGUUAAAAAAAUUGAGAGAAGGGGUCGAAAAAGAAAGAAUCCUGAUAAUUCAUCUCCAACCGUCAUAAAAAGGACAUCUCUACAACAUAAUUUAGUCAGUCCAUCUAAAACACAAACUACAACAAAUAAUGUGUUAACAUCUACAACCAAUAUCAUUCCAAACAAACAUAAAAUAAAUCAUUUAUUGACUGACGAUGCACCACUACACCCACCCCUUUUACAAAAUCACUCAAAUUCUAAUGCCACGUUACCUACAGCACAUCCACAUCCACAAUCAAUCCCAACUACAGUGCUGUUGCCUACUACUACUACUACUACUACUACUACUACUACUCCUCCUCAACGACCAGUUCUCCCUACUCCAGCAAUUUCCAGUACUUCAUCAGCAUCAAUGCAAUAUAUGUCUGCGGCAAAUCCAUUAUCUACUAAUUGGACAGCUCCUAUGACCAACAAUAUUCAGAGAACUUCUUCCAAAAAAAACAAUACCACAACUACAUCUACAUCUACAUCUACAUCUACAACCACAAAGGCAUCUACUCCAUCAACAACAAGAUCAACAAGAAGAGGACCAUCAUCUGGAAAUAGCAAUGGUCGUAUUCCCAUAACUUCAAUUAUAUCACAAAAGAUUGAUCUGCGAGAUAUUCCAUUAAUGUUAGACGAUGGAUCAGGAACAGAAAAUGGUGAUAAAAAAACCAAAAGAAGAUAUAGAGUUGAUCGAGAUAAUAUCAAAAUUAAUAAAAGAAUUAUGUCUCAAGAUACUGAAGAAGUUAUUAAAAUGUUUAAAAAAUUUGAUGAUGAAGUAUUAACUAAUUCAGAAGCAAGAUCAAGACUUUUAAAUCUUGGAUUUGAAACUAGAAAACGUUAUAUAACUACUUUUAAACAUUAUAUAAGAUUUUGUUGUAAAAAAAAAUUGAAUAAUUUUUUUGUUACAGGAGAAUUAAUGAAAGAAUUUUAUCAAGAACAAUUUAUAAUGAGUUCAUCAAAUAAACCAGUUAUUAGAUUAAGAAAAAUGGAUCCAGCUUUUUCAAAAUUACAAGAAAUAAAUUUUUUAGUUUAUCAUUUACCUAAUAAAGAUAUACCAAAUCGACAUUUGGCUUUAGAAUAUUUGGUAUAUAAAGAAAUGGGACAAGAUCCUCCUCCUCCACCUCCUCCUCCUCCUGCUAAUGGUUCAUCAGAAGGAAAAAUUAGCCCUUUCAAUCAGUCAAAUGCAGUACCAGUAUCAGGACCAGUAUCAGGACCAAUACCAGUACCAGGACCAGUAUCAGGACCAAUACCAGUACCAGUACAAGUGCCAAUACCAGGAUCAGGCCCAGGAUCAGGCUCAGGACCUGUGUUACCACUGAUUGAGAAUUUAGAUUCAAGACAGAAAACUUCUACAAUUAACUCAUCAAACAAAAAUGUGUUAGAGCAGUCACAGUUGCUGUCACCGCCGCAGUUGCAACAAAAGGAGAAUUUGACACCAUUAACCCGAAAUUCCUCAAACAAGAGAGGUAGAAAAAGUCUUAAACUGAAAUUAAAUCUUCAACUGUCAACUUCAGGCACAGAUGUGGGUGAUACUAGUCUGUCAGAUAGUAAUGCAUUAAAAAUGAUAAAUAUGCAAUCACGAUAUGUACCACCACUGCCCCAACAACAACAACAACAACAACAACAACAACAACAAUCUCAAAAAUCUCAAAAAUCUCAAAAAUCAUCAUCACAACAUGCACUGCUACCACCACCACCACCAAAAAAUUCAUUGGUUUCUUCAUCAACAACUUCUAAUAAUAACAAAUCAAAUGGUAAUACUCCAAUUUAUACUAAAAAAGUGACGAAAAAAAAUAUUGAAGCCAUUCGUAAAUCAUUUUCCAAAAUGAGAAAAGAUAUUCAAGAAUCAUUAAAUCGUGAUAUAUCAAUAGAUCCAGCAUUUGUUUCAAAAUUAUCUGAUACUAUUAAUUUUUCAUUAGAUGAAUUUGAAUUACAAUUAAAUGGACCAUCACCACCACCACCUCCACCUCCACAAAUGAAUAAUAAUGGUAUACCAAUCAUUGAUUUAAAUAAUAAAAUUUAUACUGUUUAUGAUAUUUUAGAAGAAUGGUAUAAAAUUGAACCAAGUAUAUCUAGUAGAUUAGAAAAAUGGGGGGAAAAUUGGAUUAGAGAUUCAAUUGAUCAUAAUACUUUUUUAGAAAGAAAAUUGGUGGUUGAAUUUGUUGAAAGAAUGAGUAAAGAAUGUAAUGUUGAUAUUUAUGUUAUUGCUAAUGAUUGUGAUAAAUAUAUUCGAGAUAAAUCAAUUUUACAAGAAUUUAUUGCUGAACUUGAUUUAGAUGUUGAUGAUUUAUUUAAAAGAAUAUUAAGAUAUAGACAAAGAAGAGGGUAA